AUGCCUGAAAACCCCAAGGAGAUCGUUUUUGUAACGGAACGUGUGACUUGCUCCCUUGCAAACAUGUAUUCAAUUCCGAAGAGUAUUAAGGAGCGUACUCUUUCCCAGUUUGAAGUUACGUGUGGUCUUAUUCAUGUUUGCGAAGCUUUAAUCUUUAUGCAUGAUACCGCGAAGAUGGUGCAUCUGGAUCUAUCUCCUGAAAACAUUUGGAUUACUCCUGAUGGGUCUUGGAAACUGGCUGGCUUCGGAUUUUCGCUUUCUCCUGAUGUGGGUAGCACGCGUUAUUUACUUGAUUGUGGGACACCUGCCACCCGCUAUGCCGCCAUUCCAGAUAUGAACUACUCGGCUCCUGAGCUGAGUACACAGCCUGGAAACUUCAGCACAGCGUCGGAUGAAUGGUCCUUAGGCUGCCUCAUCUGGGAGUUAUUCAGUUUGGGUGUGGAAGCAGAUGGAACGACCCAAAAGUUGGUCAAGGUCGAUGAUGGCAAUCCGCUAACGCAUGCGUACCAAGUGCAGAAUCUGCAGCCUAUUGCAAUGGAUCGGGUCCCCGAAAUGCUCCACUCUUGCCUCACAGCACUAUUGAGUUUGGAUCCGUCACGUCGUCCCUCUGCCGCGAGAGUGAAGGAUUGUCCUUAUUUCAGUAGAGGACCUGUCCAAACCAUGCGCCAGCUAGAGAAUUUGUUGCAGAUGGAUGAAGCUCAUCAGAAAGAUGUGUUGAAGAAUCUACAGGCGUCAUUGGUCCACUUCCCUACUCAUCUGCUAGUCUCUAUGGUAAUUCCGAAGCUCGCAGAGGUUUCGAAUAUUACCGACUUUGCCAGUGAUUUGCUUCCAUGUUUGUUGUUCAUUGGAAACAAAGUGGAUUCGACUGUAUUCAACACCAAGAUUGUUCCUGCCAUGAUUCCUAUGAUCACGCUUUCGUCUCCUCCUGAAUUGGUUACCCAAUGUUAUUCAAUUCUCCUUAAACAGUUAGACAUGAUUCUGGAAAAGGGAGAUAAUACUUUCAAGAAUAAGUAUUUCUUGCCUAUACUGGGUCGUUGCUUGAAUAGUGGAUACAAACAGCUUCAAUUGCCUGUUCUGCAGGGUCUUGUAUGA